UGUGUUCGGUAAUGGAGGUAGCGGCGAACGCACACAGCAUCAGACCGAGUCAGCAGCACCGGUUCCGGCCGGCCGUGGUGUCCGGCUGUAUCCGGGAGCUGGUGAGGGAGCAGCUGACCGGAGAGACCUACGACUCAGAGCGCAGUGCGGACAUCGCACGGACACUCAGCGCCCGCAUCACUGACCGACUCAAAGAGUUGGGGCUGGAUCGAUAUAAGCUGGUUGUGCAGGUGGUUAUUGGAGAACAGCGAGGAGAAGGAGUACAGAUGGCGUCUCGGUGUUUCUGGGACGCGGACACAGACAGCUGCGCCAAAGACGUUUACAUGAACGACAGCCUGUUCUGCGUGGCUGCUGUGUUUGGGGUUUAUUAUUACUGAGGAACCGCAGAGAAACCGGUUUCUACAAGGGACACCUGUGGAUCAGUGUGGCAGAUGGACUGUAUUUAUUUCUGAGGUGCUCAACGCGUCUCUGAUAUUUUUGUGUAAGAAGUAUUCACAGCUUUAAUUCUGCAUUCAGCACUGAGACCUUCACUCUGCUGCUCCAGACGUUUGGCAGGAAAACCGGCAUUAUUCACAACAGUGUCUGUAAAGCAGCUGCAGUAAACGGCUUUUGUACUUCUAGAAUCUGUUUUUAAUGAUCAUCAAAGCUUGAUUAAAACAUAUGAGAGAUUUUACGCUCCUUA